AUAUUUCCCACUGCACUCGAAGGCAUCUUGAGCAAAAGCCUCGCGCCAGCAGCGCGUGCGCCAGAAAUGAUGCACUGUCUUCAGUUGUGUUUUCUUCACCACUAGUACAGCCAAUGAACUCAGGUUUUCGUUAAUUAAGAUGUGAAAGCAGAGGAAAGUCUUCGCGCAAACAGAGGAUGAGACACGAGUGGCGACAGGGCUAGAGAGCAGAAGCUAGGUGAAGACUACAAGGGCAUCACUGAGUCAGUUCCCCCCGCCUGUGACUGAGGCUCCCAUCCCGGUGUAAUGGUCGAAUCAGAACUCCGGUUCGAACGUUCGUAGAUUCAUUGGGAUAAGCCCCGCUAGUUGAACUCUUCCGGUUUUGGUUGGUUCUGGAAAGGGAAAAAAACUUGAUUAGCCAAAAUGAAAUUUACAGAGCAUCUAUCCGCGCACAUUACACCGGAGUGGAGAAAACAAUACAUCCAGUAUGAGGCGUUCAAAGAGAUGCUGUAUGCUGCCCAAGACCAGGCGCCAUCAGUUGAAGUCACAGACGAGGACACCGUUAAGAGAUACUACGCCAAGUUUGAAGAAAAGUUCUUCCAGGCUUGUGAAAAAGAGCUGGCCAAGAUCAACACCUUCUACUCUGAAAAGCUGGCUGAGGCGCAGCGACGAUUCGCCACCCUGCAGAAUGAGCUGCAGUCCUCUUUGGACGCCCAGAGGGAGAGCCUGGCCAAUGCCCGAGGCCUGAGGAGGAGGAAGACGGUGUUUGCCCUUUCACAGCAGGAGAGAUGCAAACACAGGAACAUAAAGGACCUGCAGCUGGCCUUCUCCGAGUUCUAUCUCAGCCUCAUUCUGCUGCAGAACUACCAGAAUCUGAACUUUACAGGUUUCAGGAAAAUACUGAAGAAACAUGACAAGAUCUUGGAAACGCCGCGAGGGGCGGACUGGAGGGUGGCUCACGUUGAGGUGGCUCCGUUUUACACAUGCAAGAAGAUCACACAGCUCAUCUCUGAGACAGAAGCGCUGGUCACAACAGAGCUGGAAGGUGGGGACAGACAGAAGGCCAUGAAGAGGUUGAGGGUGCCUCCUCUGGGAGCCGCACAACCUGCUCCUGCCUGGACCACCUUUAGAGUCGGACUCUACUGUGGCGUUUUCCUCGUCCUAAUCGUUGCAGUGGUAAUUACAGGAGCUGUGGUGAUCAGAAAUUCUGAAGUCUGGCCUAUGGUCAGGAUCUACAGAGGGGGCUUCCUGUUGAUAGAAUUUCUCUUUCUACUGGGGAUCAACACGUACGGAUGGAGGCAAGCUGGAGUUAACCACGUCCUCAUAUUUGAGCUGAACCCCAGAAACAACCUGUCCCACCAGCACCUGUUUGAGAUUGCAGGCCUGUUGGGGGUGCUGUGGUGUGUCAGCCUGCUGGCUUGUUUAUUCAGUAACAACAUUCAGAUACCGAUGCAGGCCAACCCUCUGAUUCUGUAUGGAUUCUUCCUCCUCUUCCUCAUCAACCCCUUCAAGACCUGUUACUACAAGUCGCGGUUCUGGCUGCUGAAGCUUCUGUUUCGAGUCGUGACGGCUCCCUUCCACCGGGUGGGGUUUGCAGACUUCUGGCUGGCUGACCAGCUGAACUCUCUGGUGACGGUUCUGAUGGACCUGGAGUACAUGAUCUGCUUCUACAGUUUUGAGCUGGACUGGAAGGAACAAAAUGGACUCUUCAGAAACGGUAAAGUGUGCAACUCAUAUUCCUAUGGAGUCCGUGCUGUGAUCAAGUGUCUACCUGCGUGGUUCCGCUUCGUCCAAUGUCUUCGACGGUACCGCGACACCAAGCGAGCUUUUCCUCACCUGGUCAACGCUGGGAAAUACUCCACGUCUUUCUUUGUGGUGGCCUUCGCUGCACUCUACAGCACACAAAAAGGUCAAGACCACGCCCACGUCUUUCUCUAUUUACAUAUCAGCUGUUUAGUGGUCAGCUCGUGUUACACACUCAUCUGGGAUCUGAGGAUGGACUGGGGUCUGUUUGACCGCAACGCCGGGGAAAAUUCCUUCCUGAGGGAGGAGAUCGUUUACCCACACAAGGCGUAUUACUACAGUGCCAUUGUGGAAGACGUCCUCCUGCGCUUUGCAUGGAUUUUAACCAUUUCUGUCACCACUCUCACCGACAUACCCUACAGUUCUGACAUACUGGCUACAGUCCUGGCUCCACUUGAGGUGUUCAGACGCUUUGUGUGGAAUUUUUUCCGACUUGAGAACGAACAUCUGAAUAACUGCGGCGAGUUCCGAGCCGUCAGAGACAUCAGCGUGGCUCCGCUCAAUGCCGAUGACCAGACUCUGCUGGAGCAGAUGAUGGACCAAGAGGACGGUGUCCGGAACAGACACGGCAAGAAGACCUGGAAAAGGAGCUACAGCAUGAAUCUACGCAGGCCGCGACUCGCGUCACAGUCAAAGACCCGUGACACCAAAGUCCUGAUAGAGGACACGGACGAUGACUCCUGACAUCAGGCCACGCCUCUCGCCUGGGUCCAGAAUUUAUUCAAAGUGGGGAACUCCACUACCUAAAGGAGAAACGACCCAGCGAGUGGCGUCCCAGAUCAAAUCUCGCCAUCUCUUCUCCGGUGCACGAGCCGCUUCUUGGGAUCUAAAAUCAUCCAGGAGGAGGACUUUUCGAACAAUCGAGCCAUUCACGCGGCGAACCCACCUUCAGUCUCCACCAACAGUGAGCGUCCUGCUAAAACUCUGGCUGAGUGGGUGAGGAGCUGGUGGCGACGGGCAGGAACUCUCACCUGCAGGUUUUCCUCAGCUGCACCUCGUUGCCUCCUGAAGGAGGCCGGGCCUGAAGUGUUCCCGCCACAUCUGUGUCUUGCAGGGAUUGCCGCCCCUGCUGUCAUGAAUCCCACUUUAAACAUCCCAAGAACGCUCAGAGGAGCCUAAAGAAAAGAAGAAAAAAAAGUGCCACAUCAGGAGGUGGUAUCUGCCUCGUAGAGCCAGACCGUUUUUCCACAGUGGUCUUAUCUCCUCCUCUUCCUCUUCAUCCUCUGUUACAUCGUCAGACUGUGAUGAGAACGACUCUGUCUACCUAACCUCACCUCACGCACUUUGAAGGAAACCUUAGCCAGGAUCAGAAAAUGUGUUGAGUGAACUCCGAUGGGUCCAAGUUUAUACAGAUACUCAAGUACGUGACUGUUUGUCUUCACAAGGAACGUUCCAAGAGACUCCUUCAGGAAUGGUUUGACCCAUUUUAACUGUAAAUAUGCCAUUAGGGUGCGAUUUAAAUGUAAAAAGUCCAAAUGAAAAAAAAGAAGUGACCCUGAAUGAAUGGAAGCGGCCUGCAAGAACCACAACGGAUGCCUCUGCUGAAUGUACCAGAGAAAAAAGAAAAAACACGGAGAACGUGUCCGCUUGACUUUAAAUUUUCCUCUUCUCUGCAGAAGUCCUACAUGAACUUGAUGAUUUAGUCUUUUUGGAAAAAAAAGUUGGAUGAAAAUGAUGAAAACGCCCCCUACUGGUCCAAUCUGGGAUUUGAUUUCACUCUUGGAACAAAUUAGUCAGUCAGAGCUUAUGUCAUUCCGGACUGUUAGCAGAAACAUCUUUACACUUUAGUUCUGGUGUAUUUAUAUAUUUUUGGAUUAAAUAAUAUAUCUAACAUCUAAAAUGUUAUUUUAAUAUGUUCCGUACAAAUUAUUUAUAAUUCACAAUUUGUUUUCUCCCCCCAGUAACUAUUGUAAAGUCUAGACUGCAGAGAAAACGUUUAGUUUUUUUUCCACAUCCAUCUUUUGAGCAGACACUUGUAUGCUUUUGGAAAGCAGACUGAGGGGCUGCUGCUGCUCUCCAAACUCCUGACAUGUUCUCCCUCAAUCGUCUGAUGGAUGAAGCACACUUCUCUGCAGGCAGGAUUUAAAAAAAAAAAUAAGUCAUCCUUCUUUGCUGCUUCCUUUAAACAACACUGGAGAAAAGGCUUUCAUGUCAUAACUUCAUUCCUUUUUAUUUUUUUAGUCUUACGUUCCAAAUAUGGCCAAAACUCUUCAGCUGCACAUUGUGCUGCUUUCAAAGUUUAUUCCUUUGGUAUUUCACGACAUUCUCUGAUUUCAUCUUUGUUUUUGCACUGUUUUGCAGCCAUAACACUUUUUGUUCAUCGCUUGUGCAUGCAGUGUCUAGUGACUCAGCAGUCACUUUCUGUGCACCUUAACGCCAAACGUCAUUUCCAGGUUUUCAUCUUUCUCUUUGGCUCUGAGUGAAAAAGCAAUUCAGUUCCUGUAAAAAGUUGUAUUUUUAUCUCACUAAAGCUUUUUUUUUUAAAUCUGAGAAUCAAUGGCAGAGUUGUAAACUUUUUAAGAAGCUUUGUGUCUCAUUCUGUUGUACUUUUGAAAGUAGAGCUCUGAUGAACGUCGUGGUCUUAGAUCCUCGCUCAUCGUCAACAAUCAAUAAAUCCUUUUUCUUACUCAUUUCAAA